CCACUCAUAUUUCCGGGUAGUAAAGCUCGGCGAAGAAGCUUUCAGCACGAGUUGUCAAGAAUAUCAUGUUGAGAGCCAGUAAAUGUAUCUUGAUUGAUUAGCACGCACACACACACACACACACACACACACACACCAGGUUCUCUCAAUCUCUACAAAAGUCUAGGAUUUUCACCAUGUGUGAUUGCGUCCCCUCAACUCUCCUCCCUUAUUCAUCCGGCAUCAGGAUUCGAAAUUUAGGGUUUACCAGAUGUAAUCGGAAAACAUCAACUGUACAGACACGAGAGAUUGUUACCCCAUUUUGUCCCCACCUCCCUAAUCUCCACUUUUCAGAUAGCACUUUUAGAAAUGGCUGUGGCAGUUUCAGAUCUAAUGGAGCUAAGAUGAAUUCAUUUGCUCAAAAUUCAAGCGAGUUGGGUUCCGGAGAAUUCGAGUUUUACAACGAAUUAGGGUUUAAGGAGACAGGGAAUGAACCAAUUGAGUUCGAAACUGACCCAAAUGGCAAAGAAACUAAGAAUUCAAAUUGGGAAAAUGGAAUUGAUAUAAGUAAUGGGCCAAAAGUGGAGGGUCGAAGCGACGAUUCAUUGGCUUCGUCAGGUUUGGAUUUUCCUGAAUUGAAGAAUGGGGUGAAGAGUAAGAGAAGUUUGAAGGACGAGGAUUUGGUAAAGAUUGAAGGUUCUGAUGGUGUAAAUUCGAAGUUGGAGGAAUCGGAGAGGCGCAAUGAAGAUUGGGUUUCCAGGAGCGGAAGACAAUUGAUGAGGAGGUCGAACAUGAUUGCAAAGCAAGUGAUCAGUGUACAAUCUGCUCUCUGCUUGGGUUUUGUUUCGCAACUUUGGGUGGACACCAACUCUUGGGUGGUACUGGUUGUAGAGGUGAGGCCACACUUGCUUUCUGGGGAACUAGAAAAAUUUCUUCUAGAUGAUGUUAGCCAGGUUGGAGAUGUUGUGCUCAUCCAGGAUGAGUGUGUGAUGGAAAAUGAGUUUAAAAUGGUUGGACUGGAAACCUUGGUAGGAUACAAUGUUGUAACACCAAAUCGACAAAAUAUUGGAAAGGUGCGAGGAUACACUUUUAACAUUAACUCGGGUGGUGUAGAAUCACUUGAGCUUGACUCGUUUGGAAUAUCCAUCAUUCCAUCAAGUUUGGUUAGCACCUAUGCUUUGUUUGUUGAGGACAUACUGGAAGUUGUAUCAGACACUGUUGUAGUGCAUGAAGCUGCAGCCUCACGCAUACAGAGGCUAACUAAGGGUUUUUGGGAUGCCCAGAAUGUGCGGAACUCCAAAGACAAGUUUGGAGAAUAUUAUGACUUUGAAAGACAAUCUGCCCCUUCUGACCAUGGGCGGAGCAGGCGGAGAAGCUUCACUAGGCAAAAAUUUCGCCCAAAGAGGAGAGAAACCGAGGAUGAUUGGGAGCUUCCUAUGGACUAUUUAUGAUCUGUUUGGAUUUCAUGUUUCCUCCCGUGUAUAUACAUCCACGCAUGAUUUUUAUUUUUUUCUUUCUCAAUUCCCUUUCAUAUUGUAUUUGUAUAUUUCUCAAGCCUUGGAUCCUCUGAUGUAGUGGUACAGUAAUUUGUCAAUAAAAAUAGUCCAGAACUACAUCAAUGGAGUCCCUGGAAAAUUAGAA